AAUGGGCAACCUUGUGGAAAAGAAAGAUGAAGAAUAGAGCGCGAAACUUCAAAACGAAAAUGAUAAAUGAGGAAACCAAGACUUUUUUCUUUUCUUUCCAAACUACGAUGAAUUAUUUAAAAAAUAAUAAUUCCAUUUAAUACUGCCACAUGUUUUUCUUCACGUCGACAUUAUCAAACUUUUGUAAAAAAAAUCUUUAUUAAACGAUCAUUUUCGAAUAGUAAAAUUUAAUAUUCGACGGGGAAAGGCCAAAGAAAUAAGGAGAUCACAACGAUAGCAAUAUCCCUUGGUAGUGCAAACGUGCCUCAUCUCUUUCGUCUACAUCCUUUCUCAACAGUUUGAUGCUCACUCCCCUAAUGCUGCUGAAAUCAUCUUUCACUCCCAUUUUCCUGGUGCAAACCGCUAAAUCCAAACCUCAAAAACUUCUCCACCACGCAUUCACCAAAACCUUCUUCACUUACAGCACGCCACCCGUUCGACACAAUGCCUGUCUCAACCUCUCCACCCCACCACCCGCUUCCUCCGCCUAUAUCCACCUCCCUUUCUGCCGGAAACGCUGCCACUAUUGCGACUUCCCCGUCGUAGCUCUCGGCUCCGCCUCCACCCAAACCCACCACGACCCGCGCGUCUCCAACUACAUUCACUGGCUCUGCCGGGAAAUCACUGCCACCAAAGUGGAUCAACCCGCUUCCACAACGCCCCUCCAGACUGUCUACUUUGGUGGUGGAACACCCUCGCUGGUGCCUCCUGCGAUGGUUUCAUCCGUUUUAGAGACUCUGAGGGUGAAGUUUGGGCUUUGUGAGGACGCGGAAAUAUCGAUGGAGAUGGACCCCGGCACGUUUGAUGCAGAGAAGAUGAGGGAGAUGGUGGCGUUAGGAGUGAAUAGAGUGUCUUUGGGAGUUCAGGCGUUUCAGGAGGAGCUGUUGAGAUCGUGUGGGAGGGCACAUGGGGUGCAAGAGGUUCAUGAGGCUAUUAGUGUUGUGAAGUCAUGUGGGGUUGAGAAUUGGAGCAUUGAUCUCAUAGCCUCGUUGCCUCAUCAGAGUUGGGAGAUGUGGGAGGAAAGUUUAAGGCUCACCAUUGAGUCACAACCUUCUCAUGUGUCCGUUUAUGACUUGCAAAUUGAGCAAGGAACAAAAUUUGGACGAUUGUACUCACCAGGGGAAUUUCCGAUGCCUUCUGAAACACAAUCGGCUGAGUUCUAUAAGAUGGCUUCAAGAAUGCUUUCUGAUGCGAAUUACAACCAUUAUGAAAUCAGCAGCUACUGCAAAAGUGGGUACGAGUGCAAACAUAAUUUUAUCUACUGGAAGAACGAGCCUUUCUAUGCCUUUGGCCUUGGCUCUGCCAGUUUUGUUGGUGGGUUGAGGUUUUCUAGACCAAGGAAGGUCAAUGAUUACAUUAGUUUUGUGCAGAAUCUGGAAAAUGGAUUAGUAGAUAGCUCUGGUGAUGGUAACAUUCAUGUCAAGGACACGGCCAUGGAUGUGGUGAUGCUGUCCCUAAGAACUGCACAGGGCCUGGACUUAAAGAGUUUCCAAGAAUCAUUUGGCAGCUCUGUUGUUUUGUCAUUGCUAGAGGCUUAUAAACCUUAUGUUGACAGUGGACUUGUGGUUUGCUUGGACGAGCAUAGGAGAACCAUUAUAGUAGAUGACCUUAACUCUUCCUUUUUGUAUAAAACUAACACAGAAAAGAGGGUGGCAUACAUAAGGCUAAGUGAUCCAGAAGGUUUCCUCUUAUCAAAUGAGUUGAUAGCCCUUGCUUUUGGGGUUAUUGACUCUUGGAAGGAUUGUCCUCAGUACCAAGAAGCAAAAGCCACUUGAAAGCAUGGAUGUAUAUUUUACAGCAAUACCUGAUGUUAUCUAACAAUUAUUUGUACCAGAUACCUAUUUAUACAGGAAAUAUUUCUUGGAAUGA